UCUGGUAGCUAACGCAUUGCAAGUAUCGUUAACAUCGUUCGCCGUAUCGUCGUUGACAUCCACACAUUGGAAACACUAUCUGAUGUUUGAAUAUUUGAUGCAAUUACCUUCAAACUCCGAACGCAUCAUGGUCAUCCCCUGGGAGCACAUUAGGGCUGUGGUUUUGGGCGACGAUAAAAAAAUAUUGAAGCAAUUCGUCGUUAAAUACGUUUAAUCAACAUGAAACUGCCGGCAUAUAUGACCCCACGUUGUGUUCCAGCCUGGGAAUUGCCAUUUUUUCUUCACCAGCUUCAUUUGAUAUGACUUUUAAUACCCGCUCCCUCCGCGGCAACAAGAUAUUUUACAGCAAACUGUAUGAUGAUGUAAAACGUGAACUCUGUGCCCGGAAAAGCGGUAAACGUUUGUAGCAGCUUUGUAUUUUGGCACACCAAACGCAAACAUGCAUCAAGUCCAUGCAUAAAUCAUUCAAAAUGAGUCACUCAUCUCGCUCAAGGUGGAGAUCCAAGGGACACUAGCACAUAACAGGUGCACUGGGCACGAUGAUGGGUACGUACCGAUGCUUUACGAGGCACGGGACGCCACUGAAGCUUCCUCCCAUUCGACGGAUGCUUCUCCUCGCCCGCAGGUUGCUUUUAACUCAAUCGUUGGGCUGUGUGUGUGUGUUUUUGAAUUAUUAAGUUGACUAACUUUUGCGAUUUUUGCACAUUCCGUACCCGUUGCGAAUCGCUCGAACAAAGUUAGUAGCCUCCUGACUCUGGCUACGGUGGUCUGUUUUGUGGUUUUCCCGGAGAAAACCUCGGGUGCCCUCGGGUGCUGAUGAAUCGCGAUGGUCGCAUGCGGUUGCGGUUUACCAUGGUCAUGUUGUGUGCAGCGGUCGUGGUGAGUUGAGUGAGUGGGGUCGUCGGUGCGCUCGGUAUUUUCUGGAAAGCUCGUAAUUAUCCCAGAAAUUCUCCCGAGACCAGACCGCGUUCGCAUAAAGGGUGUAGAUGCUGCGGGAGCUGGGAAUGCGCGGCCUCACGGCUGGCGGCGUCGGAAACCUCGUAAUGAACGAGAGUUCGUGUGGAUUGUGCGCUCUGCCGUGUGCGCUCGCCGAGAUGUCAACACUGUAUUGUGUUCGCCAUUUUGCAAAUGACCUUUGUGUUUCGAGGACGAGGAGUAUAGUACCUAAGGUGAUCCCUUGAUAUUGCGGUUUGAUGCUUCAGUAGUCCGCAGCCGGAGGAGAAUUGCAGUUCGACGUAUCUCAUUAGACGCGAAAUCAUCUGAACGCUCUCGCCGUGAUGCCUGGAACCACUUCAUUAAAAGCAUUCAGUGGCACACGGAAGCAUGAGUGUUUUGGUCUGUGGUUCGGCCAGAAUAUGGGACCAAUGUGUCCUUCGCGAUUCUGACCGGCAGCUGAAGUGUGUUGCCAACCAACCCAACACCACCUGGUAUCGAGAGGAGUAACGUACACGAUGAUCAUGCGGUCAAUGGUCAAGCGGUAUCCACCUUAUUCCCGUCGGUUUGUCGGACAAACACGCAUACGCCCUUUUCUCACACACAAUCCUGCUGUCUCGCUCCGUCUUUUUGUCCAUCUGAAGUGACUCUCUCCGGGGGGAGUCAACAGUGGUCUGUCAGUUGGUAUAAACCGCACCACCCAAUUGGAGUGUCAUCGCGAUGGUUUUGGUGUUGGAUGUCGCGAUAACGGGUUCUCCAUCUGUCGGAUGCACCGCUUUCGGCCCGAUAUUAUCACCUUUGAACACCAAGGCUGGAUUGAUAAUUGCAUAGAACGCCAGAAAUGAACCAUUUAUAGCAUUUGUAUUUCUAAACUCCACUACAAAACGUCCUAAUGUAAUCAAAAGCGAUAUUUAUAAAGUUUGAUUCCCCACAAAGUAUCCUCUAGACACUUAUCAAGCUAAUACCGAUGUUAACCAUCACUUUGCGCCGAGUGCGAUCCACACACGCUUGAAAGUGAAAUGCUGGACUAUGCUAUGCAACCGAUGUUCAAGUAGACCACCUAACGGGUGCGCCGCUGGUAACAACCGCGGUUACGCCGUUCAUCGAUUGGUUCCGGCUUCCGAGGUAUUGGUGACAGUUCGAACGGGUCCGGCUUGUGUGGUUUCUGCGGCCGCGUGGUACACUCAAGCUGUGUGUCACACACGCCCUGCCGCUGACACGCUGUGAGUGUGAUCGUAAUGCUCAAGUGGAGAGCGCUACGUCCAGAUACGGCAACUUCGGCAACCGGUCUGGCAAUUAUCGCUUCAACUCGGACACAACACUGACCAGGAAGGAGAUGGAUCACUGAGGCAAUGCACAUUUGAUGUCGAUGCCAGGCACAUCGCUACGCCGGUUGCGGUUGCGUGCGUGUGAGAGAUCGACCACUCGGUAGCUGCUACGUAGUUGGAGGCACUGGACUGUCCGGAUUGCGACAUCGGUCCCGCUCCGGGCGACACAGCGCCAAGCUAGAUGCAUUGGUGUCAAUAGGCAAUUGAAGGGUAAUUAAGUCGCGAAAGUUACGCCACCG